AUGCUGCUCUCACUCCCCGCGGAGCUGAUCCAGCUCAUUUUGCGAAGUUGUGACAGUCCAUCUUUUCUACAAACGGCUUUUUCUUCCCGUGCUCUACUGGAGCUUGCCACCUCGAGCCGCGAUCUCGUUCAACACCAACUGUUUCAGACCCCCGGAAGGUCUGACUACUCAGCGUCCCUAACAACUCGCCAGUUGUUCAAGUUACUCCUACAUCGAUCCAUCGAUCAGCUGUUGUUUGGUAUUGAAAAUCGAUUUGAAAACAAAUCCUUCAAGUUUGAGGGAAAAGUGAUCGACAGCCGUGCGUCGUCCCUCGUCUCUUCCACAGACGACGCAGGUACCCACAUUCACGUUUUGUUGGUAUUCCAAAAUGACUCCACAGUCUACCUUUUCGACCUUCAAAACGGAUGUUUAACCCUUCAGCAACGAUAUGAGCUUCCUGCGAAGCGGUAUGGAGAUAUCCAGGUUCUCCACACUGCACUUGACAACAGACAGGUCUAUGUGCUGCAUCGCUUCCGGCCUUUUAUUGACGAGGGACCCGAGAAUGAUCGUCCUUUCGUUAAAGAAGCACGACAGUCCAACCCCCACGGUAGCAUCUUUCUAGCUACUUUCCAACUUGAUCGCCCAGACGGUACUAUUGCCAUCCAUGGGUUCCCUGAUGAGGGAAAUUAUGAGCCGCUGAGUUUUGUAGUACAAGAUGAGCAGUUUGCUAUCUCCUGGCAACAUAUUCAGCACGCUCACGAUCAUCGAGUGAUACUCUACAACAUGGAGCAAUAUCGUGAGAUGGAGGCUUUCGGAGACCACGGGCUUGAGCUCCUGGGCUUUGAUCGUUAUGAUCAUGCUUUACUACGGACAUAUGCGAAACCCCUUCCUCCAAUCCUAGCCGUAAAAUAUACGUCUUAUGUACUCGCAGAACACCACGAAGAUGAUGGUGAUGCCGAGCCGGCAGUGAAGCUGGCGUUCAACGAUCAGGGGCAGCAAUUAUUACACUAUAAACGAGGCCAUACUCUUUAUAGUUCCUUCCAGAAGAUCGACUGGGUGUCAUCACCCGGCCAGUGGAAGCCAAAAACUAAUACGAAUGGUGCUAAUGUCACAUUCACAAGUUCACUUUCCCUCAACUUCUCAAUCGGAAUUCCGUUUUACGGCACGCACCAACAAGGCGAUGGAUCUUUCGGGUCUCGUUGUCAUUGGCAAUACCUCGCUAUCGGUAUCGCAACUCAUCGGGUAGAGCACUGGUCCGUGGCCUGCUUACUCCGGUCCGAGGCAUCCCCUACGACCCAUACCUGUACACAUGAGCAGAACAUUGACCGAGGAAGGCGUUUUGAGACGUGGCAGAUCAUGGCCCAGCUGGAAGGGUUCAAAGAGGCGAACACGUCGACCGGAUCUUUGAUUGCAACUUCACCCCAGGCAACUCGAAUUGCCGUGGCUAGCUGGAAGACCGUGACCAUCUGGGCCCUGGAACCGAAUGUGUUGAUAAACAGAGAGGAUGGUUUUUAUCCUGAAUCGUGGCGAGCAGAAGGAGGUUAUCCAGCGCUCCGGCCUGCUGUGAUCCAGUUGGAUGCUGUGUGUUCUCAGUUAGAAUUCACUGAGAACGGAAAUGAACUCGUGGCCAUCACCGAUCGAGGGUUGAUGCUCCUGCGUCUCAAGCCUGAGGAGCGAGGAAUCGGGUUUGUGAACAACGGGGGGAAUCGUGUUUUCGAUGAAGAAGUGACCAUUUUUUAG